GUAUAAGGUGCCUCAAUUGUUUGUAAUUAUAGACAUGUUGUUCUUAUCAUAUUGGUUUUUUGGUCAUCUAUACCUAACAGCCCCUACACACAACAAUAUAUUUUCUUUUUACUUUACCGAGUCCAUGCUAUCUAUAUCUGUGAGUGGGUAUUAUUUAUAUUAGCUCACAGAACACUCUCCUGCUGAUGGUUUACAAUACACUUUAGUAAGUCCUGCCCACUGCCCAAACGUGUCUGGAAGUCGAUGGCAAAUAUCUUAGCAAGUCUGUUGUGGUCUUGUUCACGCUAAGACGCAUAUAUGAAGCAAUCACAGAUAUUAUGCAAGUCUUUAGAGGUUAGCGAAUAGAAAUUGUAACAUGCCCUGAAAAACUAUAUUGCGUGAUUGAUUGGAGGUAAUGCAUUACCCGUCAUGCGAAUUACUAGGAGAUAUGUAGAACUGUCAUAAAAUUAUUGUGACUUUGUCUCGGGCUUGCAGACUUAUCGUAAAGAUCGGCUUGCACGGCAUGGUGCUCUAAGUAUGCCUUCUGGCCUUUUAUUGUGAUGUAUUCGACGCAUUGCAAAAGAGCUUCAAACGGCGAACUGCAAACAAGCGACGCGCAAAAGCAAACAUUCAAAGCCACGUACUUUGUUAACUAAAAAUCGGAACAGAAAGCGAGAUGAUAAAUUUUGUGUUUACAGUUUAUGCAGACAGGUGCUUUUCCGUGAGCUGUCACAUCGCACUGCUAAAGACACGAUUACGGAUCUCAUGAACUUCAGUUGUCGCUUUAGCCUCUAAGCUCUCUUCAUUGCCAUCUUGAAAUCCUCUUUGAUUUCUAAUUUCAUUACGAUUAUCUAACAAAUUUGAGAGUAUUAUUUCCGAAUUCUUAGGCCUGCCAAAAGAGAGAGGCAGAUUACUCAAAUAUUUCAUCGCCAUUAUAUUGCAGUUUUUUUUAUUACUUUUCAGCCAACACCUUAACAGCUGACAGUAAUAUCUAGCUUUUUUACGACCUAUUACUGUCUCCUCCCCUUUUUUUCUCUUUUGUAUAAUUACUGAUAGAAGGCGAGAUGUCCCGUAAUUUUCUUUGCACUAAAACUACUUAAACGGGAUAUUUGUUUACCUUCUGCAAAACAGAUAAUGUUUUUGAGGGUGAAGUGCGCAUGUCGUUCCGUUGUCGAUAUUUUUUACCUGUUAGAAACCACAAAACGUGACUAAUUUGUACAUUAAGCCAUUAACCAUCCACAAGCAAGUACUUUGGGCAGCGUUUUAAUGAGAAGUGCUACGUUUUCGCCAUGGUUUUACUAUCAGCAAUUGAGCAGGUUUUAUUUGGAAGCCGGAUCUGUGAUAAUGCACUGUAUUGUAGUUUGUGUCUCCUUGAUAAUCACACUUCGGUAGCAUCUACUCAGCGGGGAGUUCUAGAAUGACUAAUCUACAUAACCAAGAAUAGAAAAACACCCUCCAUAAUAACCCAAUAAAAAGGCAUUAUCGCCACCGCUCUAGUAAUAGGCGUAAUUGUGCAAUUUCUUCUGUAAAUCGUUGGUCGACACCGAGGUCGCGAAAACAGGAGAUAAGAAAUUCGAUUUUAAUUUGAUUGAAGCCAAAACUUGCUUGUUGUUACCCAUGCUUUUCCGGGUAUUCAAUCCGCGGAACAAUAAGCAGCGAAUUGAAUCGUUCCGCUGAUAAUUUGUGCGAAAGCGAAACGCAAGGUGCUGACAGGGGCUCGACAAGGGCGAGAAGUAUUUAGACUCGUGAGCUCUUAGCAUGUAACUCAAUCAAACAAGCGCUGGUCUGCGGCACAUCGACUUAUCCGGGGAUCAGCAGCCACCAAACACAAACUCUUACCACAACAUGGCCAACGAAUCAUCGCAAACAGAGCCGGAGAGAGACCUUUCCGAAGUGAUUUCUUCUCUUCUUCUCGGCUUACUGAUCGUCUCUGAGAAUCUUUUCGUGUGCUACAUCGUUUAUCGUUUCCGUAGGCUGCGGACCUACACGAAUGGAUUCGUAGCUUCGCUCGCCGUGUCAGAUAUCUUGUUCGGCGCAGUCCUCGUUCCUCUGCAUGUAUUUGUGGAACACUCACCUGUGAAUAGCUACCUUAUUGCCAUUAUCCUGAUGGUAAACAUUGCAAAUCUGUUACUGUGCACGUUCGACAGAUAUCUAGCCGUGCUCAAACCUUUCCACUACGCCACCCACAUGGCUAAGAUCUUCCACAAGGUAAUCGUGUUGGCAUGGCUCGUUCCGAUAUUUGUGGGACUACUACCGUUGUUCUGGGAUACCGAUCCAGCCCGUAUGGCUCACACGAUCUACUUGUUUUGCACACUCGCCAUUGGGAUCCUCAUUCCUUACUUGUUAAUUCUAUUUGCGUAUGUGCGCAUUUUCAGGGAGGUCCAAAAACAGGUUCGAAAACUCGCUAAGAUCAGCCUCUGCGAUCAGUACGCACCUAGCUUUAAGGAAAAGAAGAAAAUGGCGAGUGAGGUUCGGGUCGCGAAAGUGUUUGCUGUUAUUGCAGGUAUUUUUGUGCUAAGCUGGAUGCCGUUGGUGUUUAUGAACGCUGCUGAUGCGCUGCAUGUACCACAAGUCAUUCCCGAGUCACUCCCUGUCAUAGCUUGGUACACGCUGAAUUUCAGUUCCAUGAUCAACGCGCCAAUUUACGCGUUUUUUAAGUCAGAUUUUCGCAGGGCUCUCAAGACGAUACUAGUGUGCAAAGGAGGAGGAGGAUUUCGAUACGAAAAUGAGAGUACGAAUGCAAAACUGGCGGCUACCUCUGCAGUCUAAGGGUUAUCGUUAUUCCAUCGUUAUUCCGUGUAAAAAUUGCAAUAAAAAUCAUAACCAAUUAUUCCUCUCAUAUGAUUUUUUUGUCUUCAAAGACAAAACCACGAACAUAUUGCGUUUGUCAUUGAAACCGCCCUUUAAAUAUUGGAAAAGUCAUCGCCUAUGUUGAAACAAAAAAGAAAUACAAUUCAAUAAGUGUACUAUGACAAGUAUCACUCAGAAACAAUGACAUUUAAAAGUAGCUUAGCGUGUAUAGAGUCGGAAUGUAAAAACAUCUCAGUUUAUGCUGGUUGUUUAUACAAUCCAUGAGGCCACAUGUUUAGCUUUCUUAGGAUAAUUGAUUUCCCUUAGAGGCGUAUAGAAUCAAGGUAAUAAAACUUAUCAGGCAAGAGAAAGCACGGAACCAGGAUGAUAGAAAAAUUGACAUUAUCUCGAUAGCAUUGUUUUAGAAUGAAAAUACCAAAAUGCAAUAUAAAGUCACUUAUAACGAUAAAGAUAUGGAAUCCUGCUCGA